AUGGCAAUAGCAAACAUCUUGGAUCAAUCUACAACCGCCUACAAGCCCUUGAAGGAUCAUCUCAUGCCAAUUACAAGAGAGAGAGGAGUCCAACACCCAACCACCCUCCCUUUUAUUGCAAUGCCAUCACAAGAAGAAGCUGAUGUCUUUUGGAGCAUUCUGGAGCAUAUGGGACAAGAGGAGCAUGGAGGGACUUGGCACAUGGACGCAGCUCAACUGGAUACGCAAAGGAAGAAGGGAGAAGCCAUCUUGAAGACCAGCUCGACCGUCUACUCGACCAACCGGUCGAGUUCCUCAACUCGACCGGCCAAGCUUCAACUCGAUCGAGCUGAGAAGUCAAAGUCAAACCCGAAAAAUGUUGCUUCCCCCUUGACUUUCCUUUGA